GGUAGUUAUGAUGUUAGCGAUCUCUCCAAUCAGAAAAUGUUAGAUUUCUCAGAGCGUAUCAAACACGUCAAAGGGCCUAGGACAGUCGUCUUCUGGGACGCCAUUGAUUGCCCAUUCCCUCUUUGUUUCUCUCCUGAACAGAUCUUCCAGAAAAUCAAAUCAGUUCUUAUGAAAAAAGGUACGAAUGAUAAUAUUACAAUCUGGGCUUAUGUCGAUGAACGGUCUUGGAGGGAUAAGUGUUUGGGUAACAAGACUUGGGAUUCAAGAAUCUACUUUCUUCCCGCAGGGGAUAGACGUGUCAGAAUGUUAAACGACAUGUUUCUACAGUCUAGAGACGCUCCUCUGCACCAUUGUCCAGGACUUUUGAUCCUAGUCUCGAAUCAUUUCUCAGGUGACCCCUUCUACAUGGAGUUGUUUGAGGACAUGCAGCACAAAAAUUACCAUCCUUUCUUGAUAACUCCGAGGGAGCACAGCAACAUAUCAGAAAGCCCUGAUGAAUGGCCACUGUCUCUAUUUAAUAGACCUCGCAAAAGCUCACAAGGACCUCUUCCCAAAAAGCCUAAACUGGAUGCUGCUUAAAGUAGCACAUGCCCAGGGCUGAUGAUACUCUGGUUAUUAUGAUGUUGGACGACCUAGCUUAUGUUCCGAUCUUGCUUGCUUCACAAGACUUUAUUGAUAGUAAAGUUUAAAAAGCCAAUGACUAGUUCCGUUUAUAUGGAAGAAUGAGUUUUAUGAAGGUACCAUGUCUCCUUAGCACUUGACAAUUAACUGCGCUAAUAAUGUGUCCAGUUCCAAUGAAUCGGGCUUUUGCAGGUGGUUGUCACUUUUUUUUUUCGAGGUUUUAUCAUGGUUCUUUCUUUGUAGGCUAUACAUCAGCCAGUCAAACCAGAAUAUCAGAAUCAAUUGUCGUCAGAUUUGUUUAUUUUCAACAAAUAAAAGCAUAGGUUUAUCUUUUAUGGUGAUCUUUAUCUUAUGCAAACCCUCUUCCAGGUUGCUUGUGUGACACGUCUGAUUAACAAACAUGUCCGAACCGGUUUGAAAGACCAUGUUUACGAGUACAGUCUCUAAGAAAUUAAGAUGAUCAGACAUAGAGGGGUUCACGUUUUGUAUAGGCAAGAGGAUUUCUUUGGUUACUUAUUUAUUUACGUAAUUAGACAGAGAUUUCAAAACUUUUUAGGGUUUCCCCAAAAAAAGGAAAAGAAUGCACAGAUCCGUUCCGUUGAAAAUAUGUCAACACCCUUGAUAUUUUCCUUUUUUAAAAAACAAACUGAGAGCCAAGAGGGAUAUAAAAACAUGCCCUCAUAGAUAUCUCAGCAAGCCGCAGCCUAACUCUCUCAUCCGUCCGUGAAGAAAAGCAUUCAAAGCAAGAUCUAAGGUCUCUCCAAUUCUCAUCGUCAUCUCCGCAGAACCAUGGGCGAAGACGAGAUCAUCGGUUUUGAGUCCUUGAAGCAGACGCUCGUGUACUGGAACGUGGAUGACUACCCAAUCCCUGUAGAUACUACCGAUGAUCUUGAUCCUGUUUUUGGUGAUAUCUUAAAAGCUCUUCAUGUAAUGGGCUUUCGUGAGGGGUCUAUGCAAGUGUCUCUGUAUGAUGAGCAAAUCAACAGGGAGGGGGCUCUAGUCGACUGGACUUUACCCGAAAGCGAAACUUACGGCGCUUGUUUUUACAAAGUGCCGGAUAUCACUUGGUAUAUGAUUCGUGACUCAUCAUUUUACAGAGCAGGACCAGUAAACUAUUUUGUAAUUGCAAAACCAAAAAGGGAGUUACAUAGGGUUCUGCACUGUUUGCAAUCAAGGCGUCACAAUGUUCUUCUUGUAAAGCCGCCGCCUGAUGAAGAAUUUCUCUUUAGUGUAGCCUCUCUACUUGAGAAUGCUCGAUUUUUAGGUGGAGGAAAGCCUAGAUUCAAAGAAUUAUAUGUUUCUUAUGCGUCUGAGUAUGAUAUGUGCUUUGAAGAGUAUGUAGACAUCCCAGAAGAUGUCUCCAAGACGGUAGAUUUCUCCGAGCGUAUCCCAACCGUCAGAGGGCCUAGGACAGCCGUCUUCUGGGACGCCGUGGAUUGCCCUUUCCCUCCUUCUUCCACUCCUGAUGCGAUCUACCACUCUAUCUCAUCAGCUCUUGUUGAAAGGUAUUUUAGUGAUAAUAUUACUAUCUGGGCCUAUCUUGAUGAUGAUGACAAGAAAGGGUCUGCCUUACUGGGUGGUGACAAGACGUGGACUUCCAGAAUCUACUUUCUUCCCGGAGGGGAUAAAGCCUCGAGACGUAUCAGAAUGUUAAAUGACAUGUUUUUAUGGGCAAGGGACUCUCCUCGGGGCAUGCGUUAUGAAGCUAGUUUGGUCCUGUUCGCAGAUCAGUUCAUAGGUGCCGGCGGCUACUACACCGAUAUGCUUCGACGAUUGGAUGCCAUGUAUUACGAUCUUCUCUUUGUCACGCCGACUCUGGACAUCAACAACCCCGAAAGCCCUCAGUGGCCUGGAUUGCUUUUAGAUAGAGGCGCAACCUAUUUUGCUUUUGAAGAACCUCCUAGCCCCAAAAUGCAUGAAGCCCAUGCCGCCGCUGAAGAAGAAGAAACACCUAAGAAGCUUCAAAUUAUAUGAGUGCCAUGCAGUGAGUGACUUCUUUGAUCCACUUCAUUUUCACAAGUGUGCUUUUUACUUCACAAUUGUGUAAGGUUUUGUGUAGAAUCUCUGCUUGAUAAUGCACAACUUUUAGGUGGAUGAACGCCUAGAAGCAAUGAUAUAGAUUCUGAUAAAGAGGAGGAUUAGGAAUGCACUAGAUUCUGACUAGCCUUUUGAAAGGGUAUUUUUUUUUAAUUUAGUAAAUUAGUCAAAUAAUGUGUAUUUCAUGAAAUUGAAAAAAAAAAUCAAUAUUUAAUUAUAGUGAACGAAUGUAAAAUUUAAUGUAAAGAUGUAAUCUCAAAAUGGCUAAAUGUAUCAAUACUUGAUAAAAUGAAGGAAUAAUUAUUCAGUUCUUGUCAAUACUAAAACUAUCGUCAGAGAAAUGGGUCCCCCGCGUUUUGUAUUAUUCAGUUGAGAGGAGUAAUGUUACUUACGGUUAGACAAUCGGGCAGACAGUUGGACAGGGAAGUCCAUUACCCAAAUUAUAGUAAGAAUGAUCCUAAAUUAAUAAUAUUGAUGUUUGGACAGGGAUUUUAAAACUUUUUAAUGUUUUCCAAAAAAAAAGGAAAAGAAUACACAGAUCCGUUGGUUGAAUAUGUGUCAACACCCUUGAUAUUUUCCUUUUUAUUUGAGAUCCAAAGGGAAGAAAUAAAAGGAAAAUUCAAAAAAAAAAAAAGAGAUCCAAAGGGCUAAAAACAUUUAAACAUGCCCUCUCUCAUCCUUAAUGAAUUAAGGAUAUUUUCUUAAAUAGAAAAGGAAAUCCUAGUUUUCGAACUAUUA